ACCCGUUACCAAUAAUUUAAUUGAUCGGUUAAUGAAGCGGAAAAAUUGAGGACCCGUCAACUUGUUCAUUCAGCCAUCGAGGUUGAAAAGUCAACCAUGCUCCAAACCAAUCUCUUUCAUUCUCUAUAUCUAAUAUCUUUUCUUGUAUAAUAAUAACAAUAACACCCAACUUAGAUUUACCAUUUCACAGUAUUAAAUCAAUCAAUCUGUUAGUGGUGGCCAAAAAACAUGGGCUCCCCAAUUUUGUGGUGGAUUUUGAUUCUUCAAAUGGUGUCAACUUUUUGUUGGAGCAAUGGAGCAGGCCAUCUGUGUUGCUCAGACCCUCCAAUCCUUGAUCCACAUAGUGGAGCAGGCCAUGUUGAGAAACUUGGUGGUCUUCCCUCCUAUGUUAUUGGCUCUCCCUACUCUAAGCAUGCUGCUGUUCUCAUUUCAGAUGUAUAUGGAUAUGAAGCUCCAAACUUAAGGAAAGUGGCUGACAAGGUUGCAGCUGCUGGAUUCUUUGUGGCAGUUCCUGACUUUUUGAAGGGAGAUCCUUUUGUUCGUGCCGAUACUAAAAGACCUAUGAGUGUUUGGAUUAAAGAUCAUAGCACGGAGGAGGGAUAUGAAUUUGCCAAAGUAGUGAUUCAAGAUUUGAAAAAUAAAGGCUAUUCUGCAAUAGGUGUUGCAGGGUUUUGUUGGGGUGCCAAGGCUGCCAUUCAACUAGCAAAGCGUCACUCUAUUAAGGCUGCUGCUAUAUUACAUCAAUCUUAUGUCACUGUGGAUGACAUCAAAGAGGUCAAGGUUCCACUGGCAGUACUUGGAGCAGAGUUUGACCAUCCAGAGAUUGUCAAACAAUUCGAGAAAGUCUUAAGAAGAAAACCAAAGAUCAAGUCUUUUGUGAAGAUAUACCCUGGAGUUCGACAUGGAUGGACUAUAAGAUAUAAUAUUACAGACACAUAUACUAUUAAGAAGGCAGAUGAGGCUCACCAUGACUUGAUACAGUGGUUCAGUAAAUAUGUUAAAUGAAUAUUUUUGUAAUAAGAACAUCAAAUGUUCUUUUGCUAAAACUACUAAAAACCAAGUACUUGAUAUCUCCCAAUAAUAGCUACAACUUACAAGUGAUUUAUGUAUCCAUAUUUUUAUUUCAAAGACUUGGUUUGGUAGUUUCAUGAAUGUUAAUGUGAAGUUUAUACUUA